AUUAAAUAGAUAUGAAAUCUAUGGUUCAGUUUUCUGUUGACAUUAGUAAUUUUGUAAACUGGUCCAAAAUAAAUAAUCGAAAAAAACACGUUUUAACAGAUAAUACUUCACGAAUUGAAUUAGUUGUAAUUAUCCGAAAACAUGUCCAACAAUUUAGAAAAUUUGUCACCCCAAGUAAUAAGAGGUGUUAUUCGAGAGAUGCAAGAACUCGUAUCUGAACCCCCCGAAGGUAUCAAAGUUCAGAUUAAUGAGGAGAAUGUUGCAGACAUACAAGCGCACAUUGAGGGUCCAGCAGGUACACCAUAUGCUAAUGGAGUUUUCAAAGUGAAGUUAACACUUGGGAAGGCUUUUCCACAGGAACCACCAAAAGCUUAUUUCCUAACUAAAAUUUUCCAUCCAAAUGUGGCAGUAAAUGGAGAAAUAUGUGUAAAUACCCUAAAGAAAGAUUGGAAAUCGGAUCUUGGUAUCAAGCAUAUCUUACUCACUAUCAAAUGUUUGUUGAUUGUUCCAAAUGCAGAAUCUGCAUUAAAUGAGGAAGCUGGAAAAUUAUUAUUGGAACAGUAUGAGGAUUAUUGUCAAAGAGCCAAAAUGAUGACUGAAAUUCAUGCCCAGGCCAACAAAUUGACUAAAACAUCAGUUGCUAGUGAUGCUCCUGUGGCCAAGAAACUUGCAUCAGAUAAAAGUAAACCAGGUAUGACCACAGAGAAGAAAAAAGUGCUGAAGGAUAAAAAACGUGCUCUUAAAAGAUUAUGAAAGCAAGUAGUUGGCAUUAUAUAAUUAUAUGAAAAUUUCCAUCUUAUGUACAUCUUAAUUAUUUAUGAUAUCAUUAUAAACAUAUUACAAUUUUUUUAA